GGCAAAAAGUGCCGCCGCCGGGACCGACGCCCAGACGCCUCCGCAGCCAGGCAGACGGCGGACGGCGCGGCACGAGCAGCGGCAGCAGCAGCAGCAGCAGCAGCAGCGAAGCCGGGCAAGCUCCAGGGGCCCAUGGACGGCCGCGGGCGGAGAGGCUGGCCCCGGCAGUCCCCCAGGGGUGGAGGCGGCGGCGGCGGCAGAGCCCAUCAAGACAAAGCCGCUCACCAGCAGUCAGGCCCAAAUGGUGCUAACCAGGGUCAAGCCCACCGUCCUCGGAGAGGAGCCUUCCAGCCUAGAGGAAGCCCAGGGGCUCGUGGACUCCGUCCUCCCUGGCGGGAAGGGCCAGCCACCAAGGCAACAGGGGACGAGAACCCCCCGGGCGCUGCUGGCAGCGAGAGGCAGCGCCCUCCUGGCCGCCGAGACGGGGGGCGGGGCAGCUCCCUGCCCCCGGCCCAUCAGCCCCGGAGGGUUGGAUUUGCAUUCCUGGAGGAGCUCCUUCAGAAAGACCCCUCGGAGGUGGUCAUCACCCUGGCCUCCAGCGCGGGCCUGGAGGAGGUGCUCUCCCAGACCGCCAUGAAGCCCGGCUUUGUCCAGCUGCUCUGCCGAGUUCUCCGGAAGGCCUGCAGCUCUCGCAUGGACCGGCAGAGCAUCCAGCAGCUCCUGGGCACAGUGAAGGAGUCCAACUUCCUCAAGAUCUGCCUGCCCCAGUACGUGUCAGACAUGCUGACCGAGGCCGUGCCGGCGGUGCGCCAGCAGUGCCCCGAGCACAUCCGCAACAUCGUGGCACUGGUCCAGGAGUUGGUCAGCGUGUUCCCCGCCAGUUCCGUCCAGAAAGUGGCCCUGCUGAUGUCCCUCUUGCCCAUGUCUGUCAAUGCCCUGCGAGCGUCGGGCGUGGAUUUCGCGGAGGAGGACGAAAAGCACCUGGAGAAAGUCCAGGCGUUCAUCCAGCACCUGCAGGAGAAGAGGCGGGAGGGCACCUUGCGGCUGGACAGCUGCACCCUGGUGGAGCCCGGCCAGGAGGGGGAGUACCGCGCCAUGUCCGUCUACCCCACGUACGACGAGGUGCACGGCGGCGAGAAGGCCUUCCUCCGCCCCAACGUCCUCUCCCGGCCGUUCGAGAGCCCGGCCCUCUACUUGGACACCCACUUCCGGCUCCUGAGGGAGGACUUUGUCCGGCCGCUGAGGGAGGGCAUCGUGCAGCUCCUCCAGUGCUUCGAGGACAAAGGCCUGAGGAAGAAGAGGUUCGAUGACAUCCGGGUUUACUUUGACGCCCAGAUCCUCACGCCCUUCUGCUCUGCGAACGGCAUCGACUACAAGGUGACCUUUGACACCAAGGCCCUGAAGUCUGUCCGGUGGGAGAACUCCAAGCGCCUGCUCUACGGCUCCCUGGUCUGCAUGUCCAAGGACAACUUCGAGACGUUCCUCUUCGCCACCGUCUGUCACCGGGACAGCCGGGACCUGCAGCAGGGUGUGGUGCACUUGACCUUCAGCAAACCCAGCCGGCCCCUCCUGGCCGAAGUCCAGCCCUCCGACACCUUCCUCAUGGUGGAAACCACGGCCUACUUCGAGGCCUACCGGCACGUCCUGCAGGGCCUGCAGGAGAUCCAGGAGGAGGAUGUCCCCUUCCAGAAGUACCUUGUGCGGUGCGAGGCACAGGUGGGAGCACCGGCUUACCUGGGAGGAGGGGGCUCCAGCAGCACCUACGAUCUCCGGUGCCUGGUGAAGGAGCCGGCCGCUCAAGGGCAAGAGGGGCCGGAAGCUCCCGGAGGCCCCGCAGGGUGCUGGACGGACAUCCUCAAGCCCCACCAGUGGCCGGCCAAGGAGGCUCUGGGCCUCGAUGAGUCCCAGCUGCAAGCGCUGCAGCUCGCUCUGACCAAGGAGUUGGCCAUCAUCCAAGGGCCCCCUGGGACAGGGAAGACCUACGUGGGACUGAAGAUCGUUGAAGCUCUGCUGAGCAACCGAGCCAUUCGGAGGCAGUCUCCCAUCCUGGUCGUCUGUUACACAAACCAUGCCCUGGACCAGUUCCUGGAAGGGAUCCACGUGUUCCAGGAGAAGGGGAUCGUGCGCGUGGGCGGGAGGAGCAGCAGCGAGAGCCUGAAGCAGUUCACGCUGCGCGAACUUCGGAACAAAGGCGACUUCCGGAAGGGGCUCCCUCGCCACCUCCGCCUGGGCUACAGCGAUGUCUCCAGGCAGAUGCGGGCAGCUGAGUUCGAGUUGAACAAGGGAGCGGCUCUUCUGGAGUGCGGCCUGCAAGGAGUGCUGCACGAGCGUCACCUGAGGAACCACAUCUCCAGCCAGCACUGGGACAGCCUCCUCGCCCAGGGCAUGGAUAUGGAAUGGAUGAACCCAAAGGACUCCCUCAUCUUGAAUUGGCUGGGCCUCAGCGCCAGGCCUUUUUACCGCCAUGUGGGGGAUGGCCUGGCUGGGGCAGGCGAUGCAGGCGCUCCGGAGGAGGAAGAGGAAGAGGAGGAGGAGGAGGAGGAGGAAGGGCAGGAGGCGGAGGAGCUGCUGCCAAUCGCGGAGGAGGCGGACCUGAUUCAGGCUGAGCGCCUUCUAGACCAGGACGAGGUGGGCCGCCCCCGCCCCCAGAAGCGGCAGCCCAGGAGGGACGUGGUUCAGCUAGACGAUCUGUUUCUGGCCAUGAAGCUGCAGGAGCAGGACCCCACCCACAAGGAGGAAGUCUGGGAGGUCCAGCCGGAACAGAGGAAGAAGAUGAAGAAGAGGGCGAGAGCCGAACUCCGCAAGCCGCACGGCAUGACGGAGGCCGAGGCGGCGGCUGUGAGGGACGUCUGGGGCCUGCCCCUCGGAGGCCGCUGGCAGCUCUACAGGCACUGGGUGCAGAAGUACCAGGCUGAGAUCCGGCGAAGCCUCAUGCGCCACGAGGAGAAGUACCAGGCAGCGGCGGAGAGGCUGGCCGAGCUGCGCCUGCAGGAGGAUUUGUGCGUCCUGCAGGAGGCCCAGGUGGUGGGGAUGACGACCACAGGAGCGGCCAGGUAUCGGCAGGUGCUCCAGCAGGUGGCCCCUUGCGUGGUCAUCGUGGAGGAGGCCGCGGAAGUGCUGGAGGCUCACACCAUCACCACCUUGAGCCAGGCCUGCCAGCACCUCAUCCUCAUCGGAGACCACCAGCAGCUGCGCCCCAGCGCCAACGUGUACGACCUGGCCAAGAACUUCAACCUGGAGGUGUCCCUCUUUGAACGGCUGGUGAAGGUUGGCCUCCCUUUCGUUCGCCUCCGUUUCCAGCACCGCAUGCGGCCAGAGAUUGCCCGGCUCCUCACACCCCACAUCUACCAGGACCUGGAGAACCACCCCUCUGUGCUCCAGUAUGAAAACAUCAAGGGAGUCUCCUCCAACCUCUUCUUUGUGGAGCACAACUUCCCCGAGCAGGAGAUCCAGGAAGGCCGGAGCCACCAGAACCCGCACGAGGCCCAGUUUGUGGUGGAGCUGUGCAAAUACCUGCUGUGCCAGGGCUACCUGCCUGCCCAGAUCACCAUCCUCACCACCUACACGGGGCAGCUCUUCUGCCUGCGCAAGCUCCUGCCGGCCAAGACCUUCCAGGGCGUGAGGGUCCACGUGGUGGACAAGUACCAAGGGGAGGAGAACGACAUCAUCCUCCUCUCCUUGGUGCGGAGCAACCGGGAGGGGCGGGUGGGCUUCCUGCAGGCCUCCAACCGCGUCUGCGUGGCGCUUUCCCGCGCCAAGAAGGGGCUGUACUGCAUCGGCAACAUGGAGAUGCUGAGCAAGGUCCCGCUCUGGAGCAAGAUCCUGCACGUGCUGCGCGAGAAGGGCCAUGUGGGCCGGGCCCUGCCGCUCUUCUGCCAGAACCACCCAGAGACGGCGACGGAGGUGGCGCGGGCCGAGGACUUUGGCAAGGUUCCCGAGGGGGGCUGCAGCCGCCCCUGCGAGGCCCGGCUGAGCUGCGGCCACGUCUGCCCGCGGGCGUGCCACCCCUACGACCCCCUGCACAAGGAGUUCCGGUGCGUGAAGCCUUGCCAGAAGGUGCUCUGUGCGGACGGCCACCGCUGCCCUCGGCUCUGCUUUGAGCCUUGUGGGAAGUGCCUGGUGGAGGUGCCCAAGACCAUGCCUGCCUGCGGCCACCAGCAGGCGGUGCCCUGCUCGAUGCCCGCAGAGGCCUUCUGCUGCCAGGAGCCGUGCGGGAAAGCCCUGAGGUGCGGGCACGGCUGCACUCUGGCCUGCGGCUGCGAAUGUGCCAGGCGCUGCUGGGAAAAGGUUCAGGUGGAGCUGAGGUGCGGGCACAGCCAGCAGGUGCCCUGCAGCACCGCUGCCGACGUAGCGGAUGGGCGCCCCGUGCCGUGCAAGGCCAAGUGCCCCAGCAUGCUGGAGUGCGGCCACCGCUGCCCCGGCUCCUGCCACUCGUGCUCUGGCGGCCGCUUCCAUGAGCCGUGCCGGAGCCCCUGCCAGCGCCUGCUGAUCUGCUCCCACAAGUGCCAGGAGCCCUGCACCAGCGACUGCCCCCCCUGCCCGCGCCCCUGCGAGAACCGCUGCAUCCACAGCCGCUGCCAGAAGAAGUGCGGGGAGCCCUGCGCCCCUUGCGUGGAGCCCUGCGAGUGGCGCUGCCGGCACCACCGGUGCCGCCGACUCUGCUCGGAGCCCUGCGACCGGCCACACUGUGACGAGGCCUGCCCCAAGCGCCUCCCUUGCGGGCACCCGUGCGCCGGGGUGUGCGGGGAGCCUUGCCCCCAGCAGUGCCUGGUGUGCCACCACGAGGAGCUGACCCAGAUCUUCUUUGGCUUCGAGGAGGAGCCGGGGGCCCGCUUCGUGCAGCUGGAGGACUGCGGCCACACCUUCGAGGCCCAGGGCUUGGACUACUACAUGGAUGCGGGGGAGGGGGAGGAGGCGCGGGGGAGCGUGGCCAUCAAGCUCAAGGUCUGCCCCAAAUGCCAGACCCCCGUUCGGAGGAGCCUGCGCUACGGCACACUGGUGAAGAGGAGCCUGGCCGAAGUGGAGGCGGUGAAGGCGAGGAUCCAAGGCUGCCCUGUGGAGAUCGAGGUUAACAGGCAGCGGCUGAUGGCUCAGCUGGCGGAGAAGGCCACGCUGAAGAGGUGCUUGCCGGACCGGUACAAGCUGCUGCGGCAGAAGCUGGAGGAGCCCUCCCUUUGCAGCCGGGGCCUGGGGCUCCUGGAGCACCUACUGGCCUUCUACGGGCAGCUGGCUGAACUGACGGAGGCCACGCGGAAGGGGGAUCCCGGCGACUGGGCGGGAGUGCAGAGGAGGCUGGCGGAGGCCGACGGGUGGCUGGAGAGGCCUCGCCGCAGCUUCACCAGCCAGGAGCUGGCGGAGCUCGGGUGCGAGUUCUGGCGGCUGACUUCCCUGGUGGAGGUGCUGGCCAGGAGCAGGGCUGCUGGAGGAAAGAGGGAUGCGUCCACGGCAGAGCUGGUCGGCCAACUUCGGCAGCUCCUGGAGGGGCCUGGCAGGCUCACCCCGGAAGACGAGGGGCUGGUAAAAGCCAAGAUGGAGGCCCUGGACGCAGCCCUGCCCAAGUCUGGGCUGGGCAUCUCGGAGGCAGAGAAGAAGCAGAUUGUGGCCGCCGUCAGUGGGGUGAGACGUGGGCACUGGUUCAAGUGCCGGAACGGGCACAUCUACGUGAUUACUCAAUGUGGGGGUGCCAUGGAGAGGAGCCGUUGCCCUGAGUGCCAGGAAGUCAUCGGUGGCACGAACCACACGCUGGAAAGCAGCAACCAGCUGGCCCCCGAGAUGGACGGGGCCACUCACGCCGCCUGGUCAGAGACGGCCAACAACCUCCUCAACGUGGCCGAGCUAAAUUGGCUCCGCUAGGUAGGCUCCACACUUUCCUCACCCGUAGCUGUUGGGUUCCCCUGGGCCUCUGCGUCCCUAGGAACGCCCCCCCUCCUCCUCCUCCUCCUCUGCUUGCCCUUCUAUCUGCCUUCUGAGAACAAGUGGGAAGGAAAGAGCCGUCGCCCGGUCAAUCCCGGAUCGUUCUCGGCUGGCCGGUCAGAAAGAGGGCCACGUCCGGGAUUGGCUGGCAAAGAGAAAAGCGCUUCCCUGUAGGUAAUCGGCGUUCCUGUCCUGACGACUUGGCUCCGGCCAGAUUUUUUUAUUGCAAAUAAAUGCUUUUUGUAGCCAA